GAAUAAAUUUUAUUUGUGAUAGAUGAUGAUGCGACUUUCAAUCGGGCUGAUAAUAAUGACUUUAAAAAUUUCGCUUGCUUCCGAUAACACGAGUUUCCGAAACGAAAUUACGUGCUCCGGUCCCACAGGAAAAUUGAAAGAAAAUAAAAGUUCACCGAACUAUUCCGUGUUAUACGAAUAUCUUAAGGGAACUGGAGCUCACAAUUUUAGUGAAUCGGUGACGAUAGGUUUCCUAGGGGUAUACAGACAGGCUCAGGUUGUUCUUGGAGCGUUGCCGUUAGCGGUAGAAGCAGUUAACGAAGACAAAGACCUCCUACCUGGUCGUCGUUUGAGUUACAUAGCAGCUGAUAUUGGUACUAAUCCACCAGAACUCGGUUUAUAUCUUCGCAAAUCAUCUUUAGCUGCACAAGCUAUUAGAGUCAUGACUGAGAUGAGAGAUAACGGAACGGUGGCAUUUAUAGGACCUGACGACACGUGUUCUUCGGAAGCUUUGGUGGCGGCGGCUUGGAAUUUACCGAUGAUUUCUUAUAGAUGCAGUGAAACAAAAGUAUCAAAUAAAAGACUUUUCUUUACAUUCGCAAGGACUUUACCGCCAUCUAGUAAAGUAUCGAAAAGCGUCGUCGCUCUGUUACGUGCUUUUGAUUGGCACACUUUCGUAGUAGUUUCCGGAGCACAUCCAGCGUCUGGAAGUGAAGUCCAGGAAGCCAUAAAAGAGCAAUCGCUAUUCCAUGGACUUACAAUUACUGACACGAAACGUUACUCUGAUUAUAUUCCAGAGUACAUUGAACAAAUGGACAAAAUCGUUGCAGAAACUUAUAAAAUAACCAGAGUUUAUGUAUUUGUGGGCGAACAUAUCGCGUUAAUAGAUUUUGUAAAAUGUCUACAAAAACGAAAAUUAUUGGAAUCUGGUGAUUACGUCGUCAUCUCCGUAGACGACGAAAUAUAUGAUCCGAACAGACGGAUGGAGUUAAUGCGAAGAAAUUAUUUGGAUCCGUUUCUGAAUCAAGAAAAUUGGGGAAACAUCAGCGAUGUGAUGGGAUUUCGAUCGGUAUUGAAACUAACACCUUCUCACCCCAGAAAUCCAAAUUAUAAAUACAUUUGCGAGCAAAUCAAAUCGACAUCGGCCAAGCCUCCAUUUUGUGUUCCAUAUCAUCAUAAAAUAUUCGAUAGCAUAUCUGUACCCAUUCAAGCGGCGUAUUUAUACGACGCCGUCAUGAUUUACGCGCGAGCUCUUACGGAAGUUUUCGAAAAUAACGAAGAUCCACGAAACGGCACCGCCAUUUUAGAUAGGAUCAUCAACAGAUCCUACCACUCUAUACAAGGAUACGAUGUAUUUAUAGACGGAAAUGGGGACGCGGAAGGUAAUUUCACUGUUGUAGCUCUGCUCGAUGACAAAGAGAUGAACGGAACGAUCCGCAUGAGCAUGCAACCGGUCGGAUAUUUUCAAUACAAACCUAACGGAAGUAAUACGAUGUUCGCUUUACCCGAAUUUAAAUAUUUCGAUUUGGAUCGUCCCAUACAAUGGGUUGGUGGGAAAUUACCACGCGCGGAGCCGAAAUGUGGUUUUAAAGGGGAGAAAUGUAUUUAUAAAAUCGAUUGGAGAUUGGUGGCUACUAUGGUACUUGUAUCGACUAUAGUAAUAGUGGGAAUAUUGUUUGCAGUGAGACACUAUCGUUACGAACAAAAAUUAGCUUGUUUACUAUGGAAAAUAGAUAUGAAAGAUGUGACGAUAAUACCAACUGAUACGACCGAAAUUGAAAGUCAAAACAUGAAAAUGAUACGCGUCUGCCGUCACAGCAUAUUUCAAACUCCAUCGAAUACAGAUAUGGGAGACGUUGAACAAUCUUCAAAAAGGGCUCAUACCACUAUCGGUAUUUAUAAAGGCAACAUUGUAGCAAUUAAAUAUUUGCACAAACGAUCCGUCGAUCUAACUAGAUCUAUUAGAAAAGAAUUGAAACAGAUAAGAGAAGCUAGACACGAAAAUUUGAUUCCCUUUAUCGGCGCUUGCGUAGAUCACGGCAACGUAGCGAUUUUAACGGCGUAUUCGGCUAGAGGAAGCCUGGAGGACGUUCUAAAGAACAAAGAUUUAAAUUUGGACAAUAUGUUUAUAUCAUCUUUAGUGUCUGAUAUUUUAAAGGGAAUGAUUUAUCUACACGAUAGCGAAAUAAUAUCGCACGGGAAUUUAAAGUCCAGUAACUGUUUGAUAGACAGUCGAUGGGUUCUGCAAAUAUCCGAUUUUGGUUUACACGAAUUGACAGCCAACCAGGACGAUCCGAAUUUCGAAGAAAAGCAAUUGAGGAGAUUUAUUUACCGGGCGCCUGAAUUGCUCAGACAAAACUCGCCGCCGGCUAGGGGGACGCAAAAAGGUGACGUGUAUUCUUUCUCCAUUUUGUUGUAUGAAAUAAUCGGUAGACAAGGACCUUGGGGCAAAAACAACACCGAUUAUCGUGAAAUAAUCGAAUCGGUGAAGAGAGAAAAAUUGGAAGUUCCAUUUAGGCCGCCUCUGGACAAUUUGGGGGCAGCCGAAUACAUAAUAAAAUGUAUGAGAGCAUGUUGGCAUGAGGAACCUGAUCAACGACCGGAUAUCAGAUAUGUGAGAGUUAGGCUUAAAGAGAUGCAGGCCGGUUUAAAAUCGAAUAUUUUCGACAAUAUGCUGGCGAUUAUGGAAAAAUAUGCUUAUAAUUUAGAAGGAUUGGUGCAAGAACGAACCAAUCAAUUGUCUGAAGAGAAAAAGAAGACUGACGCACUGCUUCACAGAAUGCUACCAAAGUCUGUAGCAGAUUCCUUGAAAAAAGGUGAAAAAGUUGAAGCAGAAUCUUUCGAUUCCGUCACCAUAUAUUUCAGCGAUGUUGUAGGUUUUACAGAGUUGUCAGCAGUUAGUACCCCGUUACAAGUUAUCGAUUUACUCAACGAUCUUUAUACAUUAUUCGAUUCAAUUAUAUCACAUUACGAUGUAUACAAGGUAGAAACGAUUGGAGAUGCUUAUAUGGUGGUAAGUGGUCUUCCAAUAAGAAACGGGGACAGACAUGCCGGGGAAAUUGCUUCUAUGGCUUUACAUUUACUCAGUAAGAUUAAAAAGUUUGAAAUUAAACACAGACAAGACGAGCUUCUUCAGCUGAGGAUCGGCAUACAUUCUGGUCACGUUGUAGCCGGUGUCGUGGGUCUAAAAAUGCCUAGAUAUUGUCUUUUUGGUGACACGGUCAAUACUGCUUCAAGAAUGGAAAGUUCUGGUGAAGCUUUCAAAAUACACAUAUCAGAUGCUACUUUUAUGUUACUACAACGCUUAGGAGGAUAUUGUUGUGAAGAAAGAGGAGUUAUCCCAAUCAAGGGUAAAGGUAAAAUGCAAACGUAUUGGCUCAUAGGAGCUGAUCCAGCUUUAAGAUUAGCGAGAAUCAGAGAAGAUAUAGUUGGAUCUUCAUUAUACAGCAGUUUAAGUUCAGAAAGGUUGAGCAGUAAAACACCGGAUCUAUUAAAACGAACCGGGGUCAAUUUGGAAAGCGACUUACAUCUUUACGAAAACUGUAAGUCUUGUUUGUCGCAAUCUUCUUGCCCAGUAGUUCAACUACAUCAGAGAGCAAGACGAGCAUUCAAUUCUAUCGACAGCCAGGAAACCAUAGAUGGUAGUUUCGAUAUGCUCUGUCCAGAAAUGUACAGAUACCAUACGACCAGAUUGAACUAUACUUGUACUCAUCGGAAUCCCCGAUCAGCACCAACUAUCACUUUCGUUGAACAAAGUGAGCAAUUCAUAUAAAAUCUAUAUCCAUCCAUUUGAAGCGUUUUUUGUCAAUUAAGUCAACAAUUGUUAAUCGUUUUUCAAUGAUGUAUGUCGAUAUGUAAAAGUACAAAAUAUUUGUAUCAAAUUUUGUUAGAAAAAAAUAUUCAAUUACUUGUUCAGGUGUAAUUUAUGUUGUAAUAAUAACUAUGUUUUGAAAAACAAAAAAACCUGUCUAUAUACGACUGUUAUUUAUUUAAAUCUUUACUCUAAAUAUAUGAGAUGUUAUUUAUUUUAAUAAAUGUAUAUCAUAAAAA